GUGAUUUAUGCGCUACUAGUGUCCCACCAAUCCCUAUACGGGAGAAGCGUAACAAAAGAAUCACAUGACCCAACACAGAAGGCCCUGGGCACAAGGUUGCACAUGACCAACCCACAGUAACCAACCUUAAUCAGGGUCUUCGCCGCAGGGUGGGCCGUGGAGGUGGAGCGUUGGUAGAAGAGCCCGGCCUGCGAGUUUGGACUUCUGGAAAAUUUCGUUUCUUUCCAGAUAAAUAUGUCUCAUUCGUUUCUUACGUCAUUACUGGCUGGGGGAACUGCAGGAUUAUGUGUUGAUAUUGUAUUGCACCCAUUGGAUACCAUCAAAACUCGGAUCCAGUCAUCACAGGGAUUUCUUAAAUCUGGUGGAUUUCGUGGGGUUUACUCUGGCCUUGGUUCUGCAGCUGUUGGAUCAGCUCCAGCAGCGGCAACAUUUUUCUGUACCUAUGAACUUGUAAAGAGUUUCUCUGCUUCAUGGUCUCCAAAUGUUUCAACACCAUAUAUUCACAUGGCUGCUGCAUCUGUUGGAGAGUUGACUUCAAAUAUUGUCAGAGUUCCUUUUGAGCUGGUAAAGCAGAGAGCUCAAGCUACUAAGAAUUGGUCUAGUAAAGAUGCUUUGAGAUUUACAUGGAAACAGGAGGGGUUCAAAGGUUUCUAUAGAGGCUACUGGAACACAGUUUUCAGAGAGGUUCCAUUUUCAUUCAUUCAAUAUCCUUUGUGGGAAUUUCUAAAGAUGAGGUGGUCAAAAUACCAACUGCAUCCUGUCCAUGCUUGGCAGUCUAGUAUAUGUGGUGCUAUUGCAGGAGGCGUUGCUGCAGCUCUCACCACUCCCCUUGAUGUUGCUAAAACUAGGGUUAUGCUAGCUAAGAAAAACAGUUCAACAACCAAAGUAAAUCCUUUCAAGGUUCUACUUUUAAUAGCAAAAGAUGAUGGAGUGAAGAAAUUAUUUUCUGGUGUUGUACCUCGAGUGAUGUGGAUCAGUAUUGGUGGGGCAAUAUUUCUGGGUGUGUAUGAUCAAACCAGGACACUUCUUCUCAGAACUAUUUAAUGAAUUGGAAAUUUAAUGAAUUUAUAAUGCAUCGUGCUUCCUGGGUAGGAAUAGAGUUGGAUUCAAUGAAUUCAACAGUCGGUUGUGUGGCUUGAACUUUAGCUGUGGUAAACGUUAGGUGUCAAUCAGAUAGGUUCGUCUCUAUACAGGGAAAGAUGCAGGUGCAUUAAUAUUAGUUUUAUUAUAUUGUAAUUAUGGAAAAAUUUAGAGAGACUACCUCAUAGUUAUAGAAAAAGUUACGUUACCCAUACGAUAACCUCAUUUUCAAAUUAACGUGGUUUUAUAAAAAGAAAGCCCUAUAAUAUUUUAUAUUUUUGUAUCCAAAUUCAAUUGAAGAACUGAACCGACUAAAGUUUUAAUCAAAACAUUUUUUAUCUAUUGAAGAAGAACAAAAAGGUAUAAUUAAAUUCAUAUUGGAUAUUCAUUACCAAUUUGCAAGUUUGGAGAUUUAUCGAAAUGCUUUCUAAUUAUUUGUAACAAUAUGCGUGAGUAAUAUUUUUUAAAUAGAACUAUGUGAUAUUUCAUAUUUAACAUAAUAUUUCAUUUUUAAAAAAUGCAUAUAUAGGAAUAUU